AUAGGAGAAUACAUAACUCCUAUAGGUUUAGCUCACCUUGUCAUGCAAACAGGAUCUUUUAAAUCAGAGGGGUUAAUUUUAUAUACAAAAUUUAACGACAUUAAUGAUUUAAAUUUAUUAAAAAACGUUUUAAUAGAUAAAUAUGGUAUUGAUACUACGGUAUUAAAUCAUUCUGGUAAGAUGGAAAUAUGUAUUAAAGUAGAAUCUAUACCACUUUUACGUUCAAUUAUUCAUCCUUAUAUGUACCCUGAAUUAUACUAUUUAUUA